AUGGCCAGUGAAAAAUGGAAUCGACGUGGUACUUAUAGUAAUUUUAUCAAGCAUUUAAAACGAAUUCAUCCAAAUGAAUAUGAACGAAUUGUCUCUUCUGAUGCUGCAUAUUUAAGUGAAGAGGAAAAUGUUUUUAGUAAUGAUCGAACAACAGCUGAUUUAGGAAAUAUUAAGUACAAACAAAAUCAAUUUAUUUUAUCGAUUACAAAAAACUUAAUUAUUAAAUGUGGAUUACCAUUUAAUUUCGUCGAACAUGCUAGUUUUCGUGAUUUUCUUAAAGAUUGUCAUUUAAAAUUUGAACCAGUAUCAUCGAGAAAAUUGAAACGUGCUGUUAUUCCUUUGUUAAAGAACAAUGUUCUUAAAACAAUUCAUGAAGCAUUAAAUAAUAUAAAUCAUUUAACAUUAACAGUUGAUGGCUGGUGUGACCGUCGAUGUCGAUCAUUCUUAGGUGUCACGUGCCAUUUUAUUGAUAGUAAAAUGAUACCACAAGCUUACUUGAUUGAUUUUUUACGAUUUAGAUCUCCACAUAAUGGUGAAAGUAUUCUACGUUUAACUGAAGAUGUUCUUAAUCGAUUUAAUGUAAAAGAAAAAGUUUUCAAAAUUAUUACGGAUAAUGCAUCAUCAAUGAUUAAUGCUUAUAAAUUUGGAUUAUUUACGGAUGAAGAAGAUGAUGCUUUUGAUUAUCAAACGCAUUCAAUAUCCAACACGAAUUCAUUACCUGAUGAUUAUGAUGGUAAGUUAUAUUUAAUAUUUUAUCAUAUACAAUUUGCAGAGAGUGAAUUGCAAUAA